GCAUGUACAUGUUCUAACCGGAUGUGAUUGCUACGUAGUAGCUAGUAGCUCGUAGCUUUUUUCUUUGCUAACGUCGAUAAAACUAAAAGAGAAGAAGAACAAGAAAAGAAGGAAAACAACAAAGAUUAAAAAAAUAAUACCUGGAACUACCAGCUGAACUCCAGCGUGAUUUACAGCAAGUUGGGCUCGCUAGACGGCCAGUACAGUCAAUUUACGUUCAUUUGUUUACACAUCACAUCAGGCAAAAUGGGGAAGCGACAACACCAGAAAGAUAAAAUGUACAUAACAUGUGCGGAGUAUACCCAUUUCUAUGGUGGGAAAAGACCAGAUAUACCGCAGGGAAACUUCAGGCGUCUUCCAUUUGACCACUGCAGCUUGUCCCUUCAGCCGUUUGAGUACCCUAUGUGCACACCAGAGGGAAUCGUCUUUGAUUUACUGAGCAUCGUUCCUUGGAUUAAAAAGUAUGGUACAAAUCCUAUCUCUGGCGAGAAACUGGAAGCAAAGUCCCUAAUCAAGCUUCAUUUCAGCAAAAACAACGAUGGGAAAUAUCAUUGCCCAGUCCUGUACACUGUCUUCACAAACAAUUCCCAUAUUGUUACCAACAAGGUCACCGGCAAUGUUUUCUCCAAUGAGGCGGUGGAGCAGCUGAACAUCAAAACCAAGAGUUACAGAGAUCUCUUAACGGAUGAGCCCUUCACCCGCCAGGACCUUAUCACUCUACAGGACCCCACAAACCUGGACAAGUUCAACGUGUCCGACUUUUUCCACGUCAAAAACAACUUGAAAGUUCUCGACCCAGAUGAAGAGAAAGCCAAGCUGGACCCUGCCUAUCACCUCAAAACAACCAAUCUGGAGACCCAAGAAACACUGGCAGAGCUCUACAAAGAGUACAAGGGAGACAAACUUCUGGCGUCCACCAUGAAAGAGCCCGUGGCCAAGAAGACGGAUAAGCUGAACGCGGCUCACUACUCCACCGGCAGAGUGUCGGCCUCCUUCACGUCCACAGCCAUGGCUCCCGCCACGGUCCACGAAGCCGACGCCAUCACAGAGGACACCGUGCGCUACCAGUACGUGAAGAAGAAAGGCUACGUCCGCCUGCACACCAACAAGGGAGACCUUAACCUUGAGCUGCACUGUGACAAGGUCCCUAAAGCGGGGGAGAACUUCAUCCGCUUGUGCAAGAAGGGCUACUACGACGGAACGGUGUUCCACCGGUCCAUCAGGAACUUCAUGAUUCAAGGUGGCGACCCGACCGGCACGGGGACAGGAGGGGAGUCGUAUUGGGGGCGACCCUUUAAAGACGAGUUCAAGCCCAACCUCUCCCACACUGGUCGAGGGGUGCUCAGCAUGGCGAACUCGGGGCCCAACACCAACAAGUCCCAGUUCUUCAUCACCUUCAGGUCGUGCGCCUACCUGGACAGGAAACACACGGUGUUCGGCAGGGUGGUGGGCGGCUUCGAGGCUCUCACAGCCAUCGAGAGGGUGGAGAGCGACCCCAAGACGGACAAGCCCCACUCGGAGAUCAAGAUCAUCACCGCCACCGUGUUCGUGAACCCCUACGAAGAGGCCGACGCCCAGAUCGCGGCGGAGCGCGAGCAGGAGCUCCAGAAGCAGGAGGAGGAGCGCCGGCAGACCGACGCCUCUCUGAAGAAGCCCAAAGCAGAGCAGGCCCCCCAGACCUUCAAGCCCGGCGUGGGGAAGUACAUCAACCCUGCAGCAGCAACCAAGCGCCCGGCUCCAGCCAACGACAGUGGACCAUCUACCAGCGGAGUGACCGCUAAGAAACCCAAAGGCAAAACGGGCUUGGGAGACUUCAGCUCUUGGUAGCACACAUCCACAGUUUAUCUAGGCCAGAAUAAACCCAAUUUUUUUCUUUUUUUUUUUAACUUUAAUUUCAACCAUCUGUCUACCUAUCCUUCCCUUUGCCCCAAAUACGACUAUUCUUGUGUAUUUUAAACAUUUGCUUCUAAGUUUUGUCACUAGGUUAGAGAGCCGUCUUCAAAGACAGUAAAUCAUUUUUAUUUUUUAACAAUUGUAACAAUAUGUCUCACCUUCGAUGGAUGAUAUUGUGCUUUCGUAAAUUCAACAAAUUCAUUAUAAUAAAAUAAAAGAAUUCUGCAUUAAAGUUGUUUGGAAUGAAUAUCAGUUGCAGUAGAUAAAUCAAAGACAAUACAUUAAGAGAAGGUGAUGUUACUUUAUGUAGAAAUAACGAAAUCCGAAGUAAUUAAGAAUGUGCACUCUUUAUUGCAUUUUCACCAGUUACAUCUGUCAAGAUGUACAUUCAUGUUGGACAUUUUCUUCAGAUCAACAUCAGCCUAGGUCUUUGUACAGAUUUUCCCUUUUAGAUUGAUUGGCCUCAGUGUUGUUAGACGAUAUAGGGCAACAGUGUGACCGAUGCAGUUACCACAAACACAUGAAAAGCCUUAGAAAAUGUAAACAAAAUUGUACCUGAAGUCAAGAUUUCCUCUCAGCAUCCAUCACAUUUUUAUUACAAUGCAUAUUACAGUAGUCAACGCAUUUUGUAUGACAACAUUUCUUUAUGAUUGUUGAGUGGAGUUCUAACAGGCAAGUCUUGAAUGAAUAUAAACAUUCAACACAGAAAACAGGCAAAUGGGAUGUCAAGCCAUGUUCUAAUCCACUGUUUCGGAAAUAAAAGCAGCAAUAAAAUGAAUUGCUCCGUAGCCAUGGCAUUGGUUUAAUCAAAUCACAGUAUUUACCAGAAGAACAUCUUUUACAUGGACAUAUGGAUUAGGUCAUGUUUGAGUCAAAAGCUUUCUUAAAAUUGCAAACCUAGAGAGAAAAACCAGCAGUGAGUCAUUCUACUGUGUUGUCUGUACAUUCAUGACAACUACUUAAACAGCAGAAACAAAUCUUUGGCCAAAUACAUUGGUUACUAUUUAACAUGUAAUGAUAACAAAUAAAUAUACAGUGUGCUACAUUAUUUUCAUAUAUACAAAACAUUCCAGUCAACAGCCUAUUGUAAUUGUAGUAAUGAGACAACAAGACAUCAAUUGGGCAAAUGAAAGAUUUAUGUAAAUAAAUGAUUGAAAGAUGAGAAUUAUUUCAGUGUAUCCUCUGUAUGAGUAACAUUUUCAAGUUCCUGACCUUGGAAAGAAGGCAAGUUAACUUCAUCAACAAGUGGGGUGCCCCUGUGGCUCAUCAGGUAGUAUGAGUACCAUACGGGCAUAUGGCCUUAACACAGCAGCUUUCCAGCUUGUGCCAUUUCAUGUCUUCCCCUCUUCACCUACAUUUCCUGUCUAUUAUCUAACUAUCUCUGCCGAAAAAGGACACAAAUAUUAAUAGAUUUCUUU